AUGACCCAAGCGGGCUAUAUUGGCCAAGACGUCGAAACAUGCGUGGAAAGGCUUCUGAUCGAGGCAAGCUACGAUAUCAAAGCUACAGAGCAUGGCAUCAUUGUACUAGACGAAUUUGAUAAGCUUGCCAGACGAGAGACUUCAACCGGUCGUGAUGUCGGUGGUGAGGGUGUUCAGCAAGCCUUGCUCAAGCUAGUGGAAGGCACGAAAGUUACGAUCAACGUAAAAGACAACCGCUCCUCCCGAUCCGCGUCCCCGAUUACAACGAAUUAUAGCGCAGGAGGGUCAUCCAGCAGCGCAGCCCAAGCCGCACCUCCGGCCGCCAAGGUUGACCAAUACACCAUCGACACGACCAACAUCCUCUUCGUUUUCUGCGGUGCUUUUGUUGGGCUUGACAAAAGUGUAAUUCAAAGAGUUGCCAAGCCCACCAUGGGAUUUGGUGGCGAAGUCAAGGGGCGUACCACACUCUCUGGCGAGCAACAGACUCUGCCUUCUGAGCUUUACGAGCACUUGGCGCAUCACGAUUCUGCUUCGAAAUUUACGCCCCUGGACCUGGCCACGCCUGCCGAUUUGCAAAAAUUCGGGUUCAUCCCCGAAUUGAUCGGAAGACUGCACAACAUUUGCGCUCUCAGCCCACUAUCAAGAAAAGACCUAUAUCGCAUUCUUACGGAGCCGCGGAACAGUCUUGUAGCGCAGUACACAGCGCUAUUUGAAACGUACCCGUCACGUUUAUACUUCACCGAAAAGGCCCUUUUUGCUAUUGCGGACAGGGCGUCGCAGUCUGGAACAGGUGCUCGUGGGCUGAAGAUGGAGAUGGAGCGGGUCCUGGGCGAGCCCAUGUUUGACGCGCCGAUGCCAUACGUUCUCAUCACUGAAGGUUGUGUCAAUGGCACCGAGAAGGCGGGCUACUGGGCGAAAGAUGGGCGGUUCGAAGUGGACAGACGAAUGGAAGAAGAGCAGCUCCUCACUGCUAACCCAACAGCACCCGAACUUCUACCACAAGCCGGACAGAGUAGUAGUGGUUAG